AUGCAUAAUGUAGGGGGUACCAGAAAGUCCGGAAUGUCAUGCGCGGAAUGUCGCCGAUCCAAGCUCAAGUGCGACAGAGUCUUCCCGUGUCAGUCAUGUAUACGACGUGGAUGUGCGAAUAUAUGCCCAGAGGGCACUCUUUCUGCCACGAAAGGAAACAAAGUUCUCAUGGUCCAUGCUCAGCGAUUGUCAGACCAGGUAAAAACUAUGACAGGAAGAAUAAAAGAGCUUGAAGAAGCACUUCAUGAAUCCCAGAAAUCCAAUCGCGCUGGAAGCGGACCACAUCCUCUCCUACAAACUCCCUCCCAGUCACACGAACAUCCGGCUGAACUGCCCGAGGUUCGGACUAUUUACGAUGAUGAAGUUCACAAUGUAUCAGAAAGCAUCGGAUCUUUAUCAAUCGAUACCGAUGGCCGCACCAAAUAUCGCGGCGAAUCCGUUGGGUCAGAGGUGAGGCAACCUAUUUUGGUCCCUGGCAGUCAUACACCACAGCAGAGCGUUGACCCCAAAUACUUGGGCCUUCCAUUUGAGAUCAUCGAUCUCUGCAAUGCAUACCCCUUCGGUCUGAGGGACAGUCAAUAUACGAAAUUUCUCUUCUUGCCCUUUCUCCCUUCCUAUGAACGAGCACUACACCUCAUGGAGCUAUAUUAUCGAAAUGUUGCAUGGAUGUUCGACCCAAUUGUACGAGAUGACUUCAUGACAAAUAUCCUAUCCCCAUUGUAUGGCCACACCGGUUCCCCUAAUGUCGACAACAUCCACUCGCACCGACUUUCCGUUUUUUUCAUUGUGCUAGCCUCAGGAUCCCUUUACGAACAAUCAUCAUCUUCAAAGGUGCUUGCUGAACAGUACCAUGCCCUUUCCCGUGCGGCGCUAUCUCUCGAUCCUAUCUACCAAGAUGCUACUUGCGCUACUGUACAGGCCCUCUUCAUGACCUUUGGGCAUAUCUACCAGUCCGAUCGUGCGAAUAACGAAUGUAGGUGGCUUCUGUUGGGCGUGGUGGCGAGAGUUGCACAGCUGAUUGGUCUACAACGCGAUAACGCUGGGUGGGAUCUAGGGCAGGAAGAAAUACAAAGACGACGCAUUUUGUUUUGGGAAAUCUACUCGGUCGACGCGUGGACGAGCAUCAUCAAUGGUCGCCCACCUGCAUUGAGUAUCAACCACACAGACUGCUGGUUUCCAGAAGAUCUCGACCCCAUGAUCAAACCUUCAGGUGCGAUUGAGAUGGGAUGGCAUGCCUGGAAGUUUCGUUACUCAGCAAGCUGUUUAGGGAUCUCUGUGCACCAUGUGUUUAACACGCGUGUGCCAAGCUAUUCUGCAUUGCUCGAGUUGGAUCGAAAGAUACGGAAGUUCGACCUGCCGUCACAUCUACAAUCACCAAUGGAAGCCUCAGAAGUGGGACGUGCUUGGUCUCCAGAAGCCCCUAAGGCAAUGCAGCAAUAUGCUGCACUGUGUCACAAGGAAGCAAAUCUGAUGUACAUCCAUCGGAGCUGGUUCGUACAGGCUUUUCGAGAGGCCCCUGCCAACCCCCUUCAGCACAAAUAUGCGCCCUCCGUCUUGGCUGUAUAUCGCAGUGCAUGUCGAUUGAUCUCUAGCCUUAAUGGGUUGUACCGAGUGCAUUCUCAACCGACGGACCAAACGUGGUUCUUCUGGUCGGCUAUCUUCUCUGCAUGCAUCGUUCUGGGAGCUAUAGUGGUGGAUAGUCCACAAUGUACUCUCGCGUCGAACGCAUUGCAAGAACUGGAUCGGGGGAUGGUGCUUUACGAAGAGGGAUCAUCUCCUUGUCGGCCUCCAGCAACUAUACCUGUGCUCCAUAGACUGCGUGAGCGUGCCUUCAUCUCCCUUCAGGCCGCGCAGACAGACUGUCAGUCACAAUCUCAUCGGUCAUCUAUAAACCCCGGUAAUCCAGACGUGCUCGGACCCCAGAAGAGCGGCAUUACCUGCACGUCAUUCAGCUCGUCAGCUUCAAAUGCAAGCCCAUCCAGUUCAGACCGACCAUUAUCUGAGCUGUCCGAUGCUGAUGCGUCCAUCGUUCAGUAUUACGCAGCUCUAUCAAAUCCCAAUCUCGUAUUGCCAGCCACCAGGGAAUUUGAACUGCCGUCUGCUCAGACAUUCGAGCCACACUACGCUGCAAAUUCUCAGGAGGAUAUCAACGCGCCUUCACCAUUCUUCGACCCUGCACUGCGGGCCGCGAUCAUGGAACCAAGGAGGCAUCCCAAUGAAAGUAAUGCAGGUUCCAGUUCGAGGACGUCUGCGCCACAACCAGUGCUAUUAUCAUUCCAGCAAGUGUACAAUCCGGACCAUACAUAA